AUGCUACGGUUAGCGCACUUUUUGUGUCUCCUCGCAAUGGCGUACGCGAUUCCCGUAGACAAUGGCGUUGAAGGGGAACCCGAGAUCGAAUGCGGUCCAUCGUCGAUCACCGUGAACUUCAAUACGAGAGCCUACCGUAUCCAGUGCUUUUACAUGGAAGCCGAUAAGACCGUAUCUACACAAAUCGAGGUUUCUGAUCUUACCACCGCCUUCCAGACACAGGUUGUACCCAUGCCAGUUUGCAAGUAUGAAAUUCUCAACGGUGGACCUACCGGUGAACCUGUUCAAUUCGCUACCAUUGGUCAACCAGUAUACCACAAAUGGACUUGUGAUUCUGAAACUGAAGAUACAUUCUGCGCUGUCGUACACUCUUGCACUGUUGAUGAUGGAAAUGGCGAUACUAUCCAGAUCCUCGAUGACAAUGGUUGCGCACUUGACAAAUUCGUACUAAACAAUCUUGAGUACCCAACUGAUUUAAUGGCUGGACAGGUAAGUUCGCUUUUACCCUGGGUAAAUCAAAUCUUUACCCAUACCAUUUCUUUCUAGGA